GCUGCUUGCGUUCACGUCAUCGAUUCGAGUGGGAGUUGAAGCUUCCUCUUGAAGCCGUACGCGUUCAUUCGUGAUAAAACAAUAUCGUGAGCGUGUUCGUGGUUGUUUAUUUUUAAAAACAAAAACAAAACAUAUUCGUUGUGAUAGUGUUUGUGGGUGUUUUUCUUUUAAAUUGCGAAAGCAGUCUUUGCUAGUUAGGGGAUAAACAAUGAGCGUAGAGGCGUACGGGCCGAGCUCGCAGACGCUCACCUUCCUGGACACGGAGGAAGCGGAGCUGCUUGGAGCCGACACACAGGGCUCGGAGUACGAGUUCACCGACUUCACCCUGCCGAGCCAGACUCAAACACAAGGCCAAACCCAGAGUCAGCUCGACAACCAGGUGAACGGGCCUGAGGGAGUUCUACAGAACGGCGAUGAUGCGGUGGUGAAAACCAGUCAACUUCUGGGAGAACUAAAUUUCGAAGAGGAUGAAGAGGACACUUAUUACACCAAGGAUCUCCCUGUGCACGCCUGCAGUUACUGUGGCAUUCAUGAUCCUGCCUGUGUGGUGUAUUGCAACACCAGCAAGAAGUGGUUCUGCAAUGGACGUGGCAACACCUCUGGCAGCCAUAUUGUCAACCAUUUGGUGCGGGCCAAAUGCAAGGAGGUGACCCUGCAUAAGGACGGUCCUUUGGGGGAGACCGUAUUGGAGUGUUACAACUGCGGCUGUCGCAACGUUUUCCUUCUGGGUUUCAUUCCAGCAAAGGCUGAUUCUGUUGUGGUGCUGCUGUGCAGGCAGCCAUGUGCCAGUCAGAGCAGUCUGAAGGACAUUAAUUGGGACAGCUCCCAGUGGCAGCCUUUGAUCCAGGACCGGUGUUUUCUGUCCUGGUUGGUGAAGAUCCCAUCUGAGCAGGAGCAGCUCAGGGCACGUCAGAUCACUGCUCAGCAGAUCAACAAACUGGAGGAGCUCUGGAAGGAGAAUCCAACUGCAACACUUGAGGAUUUGGAGAAGCCGGGUGUGGAUGAAGAGCCUCAACAUGUGCUGCUGCGCUAUGAAGAUGCAUACCAGUAUCAGAACAUCUUUGGCCCACUGGUCAAACUGGAGGCAGAUUAUGACAAGAAGCUUAAAGAGUCCCAGACCCAAGACAAUAUAACUGUCAGGUGGGACUUGGGACUGAAUAAAAAGAGGAUUGCUUAUUUCACACUUCCCAAGACGGAUUCAGGUGACAUGCGUCUUAUGCAAGGAGAUGAGAUAUGCCUGCGCUAUAAGGGAGACUUGGCUCCUCUUUGGAAAGGGAUUGGACAUGUCAUCAAGGUCCCUGACAACUACGGAGAUGAGAUUGCCAUUGAGCUGAGAAGCAGCGCUGGAGCUCCUGUCGAGGUGCCCCACAACUUCCAAGUGGACUUUGUCUGGAAGUCCACUUCCUUUGACCGCAUGCAGAGUGCCCUGAAAACAUUCGCUGUAGACGAGACCUCAGUGUCCGGUUACAUCUAUCACAAGUUGCUUGGUCAUGAGGUAGAGGAUGUGAUCAUUAAGUGCCAGUUACCCAAGCGCUUCACUGCCCAGGGCCUGCCUGACCUCAACCACUCUCAGGUGUAUGCUGUGAAAACAGUGCUUCAGCGUCCUCUCAGUCUGAUCCAGGGGCCUCCCGGUACUGGCAAAACUGUUACCUCAGCAACUAUUGUUUACCACCUGGCUAGACAGGGCAACGGGCCGGUGCUAGUAUGUGCUCCCAGCAACAUUGCAGUGGACCAGCUGACUGAGAAAAUUCAUCAAACAGGACUGAAGGUGGUGCGUCUCUGUGCCAAAAGCAGAGAGGCCAUCGAUUCGCCCGUGUCGUUUCUGGCUUUGCACAACCAGAUUCGCAACAUGGACAGCAUGCCAGAACUGCAAAAACUGCAACAGUUGAAGGAUGAAACAGGAGAGCUGUCUUCCUCAGAUGAGAAGCGCUACAGGGCCCUGAAACGCACAGCAGAAAGGGAGCUACUCAUGAAUGCAGAUGUCAUCUGUUGUACUUGUGUGGGUGCGGGUGAUCCUCGUCUCGCUAAAAUGCAAUUCCGCUCCAUCCUGAUAGAUGAGAGUACCCAGGCUACUGAGCCAGAGUGCAUGGUGCCUGUAGUUCUAGGAGCCAAGCAGCUGAUCCUGGUGGGUGAUCACUGCCAGCUAGGCCCAGUGGUCAUGUGUAAAAAGGCUGCUAAGGCAGGUCUGUCCCAGUCUCUCUUCGAAAGACUGGUGGUGCUGGGCAUCAGACCCAUUCGCCUACAGGUGCAGUACCGAAUGCACCCUGCACUCAGUGCUUUCCCCUCCAAUAUCUUCUAUGAAGGCUCUCUCCAGAACGGAGUCACUGCUGCUGACCGCAUCAAGAAGGGCUUUGAUUUCCAGUGGCCUCAGCCAGAUAAGCCCAUGUUCUUCUAUGUGACACAGGGUCAGGAGGAGAUUGCCAGCUCUGGCACGUCCUACCUCAACAGGACUGAGGCAGCUAAUGUGGAAAAGAUCACCACUCGCCUUUUGAAGGCUGGAGCUAAACCCGACCAGAUUGGCAUCAUCACGCCAUAUGAGGGGCAGCGCUCCUACCUGGUGCAGUACAUGCAGUUCAGCGGUUCCCUUCAUACCAAGCUUUAUCAGGAGGUUGAGAUAGCCAGCGUAGAUGCUUUCCAGGGCCGUGAGAAGGACUUCAUCAUUCUUUCCUGCGUCAGGGCCAAUGAGCACCAAGGCAUAGGCUUUCUUAAUGAUCCACGCAGGCUGAACGUGGCCCUCACCAGAGCCAGGUAUGGCGUGAUCAUUGUGGGGAAUCCUAAAGCUCUGUCUAAGCAGCCCCUCUGGAACCACUUGCUAAAUUACUACAAGGAGCAGAAGGUUCUGGUUGAGGGGCCUCUCAACAACCUGAGAGAGAGCCUUAUGCAGUUCAGCAAACCUCGCAAGCUCGUUAACACCAUCAACCCUGGAGCUCGUUUUAUGAGCACUGCCAUGUACGAUGCCAGGGAGGCCAUGAUUCCUGGUUCAGUGUAUGACCGCAGCAACACUGGUCGUCCAUCGAACAUGUAUUUUCAAACUCAUGACCAGAUUGGGAUGAUUGGCGCAGGACCCAACCCAAUGGCCUCCAUGAAUAUUCCCAUACCCUUCAACCUUGUUAUGCCCCCCAUGCCCCCUCCAGGUUACCUGGGCCAGCUUAAUGGUCCAGCUACUGGUCGUGGUGCUCCAAAGGGCAAAACAGGUGGGCGUGGAGGGCGCCAGAGGAAUCGUGGCAUGGGUAACCAUGGCAGUGGGCAGACCAACAUGGCAAACAGCCAGGCCAGUCAGGAUUUGGUGUCUCAGCCCUUCUCCCAGGGCCCCUUGACCCAAGGCUACAUUACCAUGAGCCAGCCCUCACAGAUGAGCCAGCCAGGUCUUUCCCAGCCUGAACUUUCCCAGGACAGUUACCUGGGUGAUGAGUUCAAGUCGCAGAUGGACGUGGCUCUGUCCCAGGAUUCUACGUACCAGGGGGAACGGGCAUACCAGCAUGGAGGAGUGACUGGACUCUCUCAGUACUAGAGUGUUGUUGGAACGGGAGCUAGGCCUACGCUGAGCUUAGUUCAUCAGCAUUUUAAAUCUGGGUAAAUAUAAAAAAAGAACAAACAUGGAUGCCCGUUUUCCACUGUUACAACUGAAGCACCAUGGUGUGAACAACAGGAGAGAAUCAAACAAUCACGUGUGAAAAAAGAGGGAGAAAAGCAGGAUAAGAAACGAGGGAACGAAAGAGAGUGGAGGGACAAAACCAUCCCACCACUCGCUAAGGAUGAGAAGGAGGAGAGAGGAGCAGAUGCAGCAUAGGAGGAGACGAUGUAGGAGGGGAAACCAAACCGAGAUCUUCGAUCUGUAACUCCGCAUAGUCGAGGUGCCUCCUGGGGAGCAGGGCAGUCCCUUACCUGCCUCCUCUCUCUCGCCAGGCUGCAGCCGGCAGCCGCAGACCUCGCUCUGCCACCCGAGACGGAGAGAAGACGAAGUUCUCUUAAAACUACCUGCAAAAAACGCCACGCUUGCUCUGUCGUCUCCACAAGCUGAAAGAUGAGGUGACAUCAUUAAAAAAUGAUCAAAUAAAGAUUUUUUUAAAAACGCUUUCACGCAGCUGAUUUUAGGGAAAAUUUUCCCUUCAAAGUUGGAAUCUGACUUUCAGAUAUUACCACCAAACAUCUUUGAGAGGUUUGGGGAUACAUCUACGGCAGAGGGUUGUGGUUUUACUCUUUUUUUUUUUUUUUUUUUUUUUUUAUUCCUCCCCCUCUGGUGGUGGUCCCAUCUUUAAAAAUGGUGCUAAGAGUUUCUGAAGAAAGAUUCAACUUUGAGGAAAGUUUUCUGGCCGAAGGGUGUGAAGUAGUGGUUCAGAAAUGGAACGACCGUGAGAGAUGUCGCCUGCUCUGGGUGUCUGACAUGGGGGAAAAGAAGGAGAGAGUCUUAACAAAUGACUUUAAAAAUUCUUUUAAUGGCUAAAUUGAAGGAUUCAGAGGUUUAAAGUAUCUUUUUUUUUUUUUUCCCCCACUUGCCAUUUUAAAUGAUUUGUGUUUAACCCGGAUAAACGAUUGCAGCAGAACCUAAAUUUGGAGAUUGGUUAUUAGUGGCUUGUUGGUGGCUCUGUAAUGGAAGUGUGUUCACAGGUCCAUGAGAAAAUGAGCUAGAAAUUGGGGGUUUCUUAUAUCGUGUUCUGGCAGGACUGCACGCGAUUGAACCCGGGUAGAUGAUUAUAUUAGUUUGAGAAGAGUUUAGAGAAUUCUCUCAGCCCUGUAGGAAGAUUAAAGCACUGCUCUUACAUUCAGCAGUGCUUCUGGCAAGUAGCAUAUAGAUUGUGGUCAGUUCCUCUGGAUUCAGUUCUGACAUUUAAAUCUUUAUGCUUAUAGUACAGGCAGUGCUGCAAAGCUGUGAUUUAUCUUUUUAAUUAUCUAAAUCGCUCCACCUAUUUAAUAAAAUUCAGAAUAAUUCCCCACACAUCAGAUUUUGUGUUCAUUAUUCCUAUUCAUGAGUUUGAGCCAUGAGAUAAAUACAGUCCAAAAUCUCAAAAGUUAGUCGUUUGUUAAAAGGUGAAGGGCAGACAGGUGGGAUUCUCUCUGUGUCCGUUUUCCACAAGCAGGCUGAAAGAGGCUGCUGUACUCGUCUCUUGCUUACGUGGAUGCCAGUGUGCGCAUAGAUGGUAGUGUUCUGCUAAGGAGGUUGUGUAUGUGCCUCCAUAUUAAUUGUCUCUCGUUUUGUGAUUAAUAGUUUUUUUCCCUUGUUGGUUGUUGAAGUUGCUUUUCCCCUACAUACUGUAUUUAUUAUUUUAACAGUUAAUUGUGUAUUUCCUUUCUGUAGUCUAGAUAUGAAUGUGAGGUGUACGUUAUUCACUUCAUGAUCUAAGACUUUUCAUACAGUUUUCUUUUUUCCACCCUUUCUUUCUUUUUCAUAUGCUGUGCUCAUAUAAUACUUUGAUGCCACAACAUGUGAUGCCUUGUCAUCUUCAUUAACCCUGGAAUGUUCAUGCCUUGCAGUUAUUCCUUGCCUAGUGUCCCAACAGCUUGGCAUUACUACCUUAUUAGUCUUUGCUCUAAAAGAAAAAACCUUUCCCCGUUGGAGUUACAGUUGUUCAUUUAAAGUGUUUUGCUGUCUAAUGGGUUUAUAACAAAUUGCAAAAAGGUUUUGUCAUUUAGCAUUCACUGCUUGUGUGCAUAGUGCUUUCAUGUUUAGUUAUUCUCACUGGUAGUAUUAAAGCUAAAUGUAGACUAUACAUCCAAAAUUAAACAGGGAAUUAAAUAUCUAAAGCAUAGCUUCUUUUCUCAUUUUAUAUAAAAAAAAAGAUACCAGCUCCUUUCCCCAGACUGAAUGAUUUCCUUUUCUUUGGUGUACUUUGUAAGCAGAUACUGCCCAUAUGGAGAAUACAGUACAUUUUUUUUCCUUUUUUUUAUGUGAGACAACAACUUGAUUGACAAAGGUGAACACCCAAUAUACAGAGAUUGUUCGGGUGGAUAGAUAGAUGCUGUUGAUUUAAUUGAAUGCUGUAAUUUUCGUAAUCUGAUAUGACCAUGUCAAACUCGCACAAUUAAGCAGCUGUGAGAUGAGAGCCUGUUCAGAUUGCAAUCAGACGAAAAUGACCAAGGGGACUAACUACCAAAAUGGAUUAUAUACCCUGACCUGCCUGAGAUUAGGAUAAAUUAAAAUUGAAUCAACACCUAUAAAUGCGAUUAAAUUUUUCUUUGAUGGAAAUAUUCCCCCACACUAUGUAUUUCUUGCAAUGUUGUUACAAUAAAUCUUGCUUUAUUUCA